AUGGUAAACGAGGGUAGGUUUGGUUCAGAAGAAGCUAUUAGAUGUUGCCAUGAUUGCUUAUCUGCACUUUCAUCCUCCUCUUCAGCUGGAAUCCGCCACAGUGACAUCCGUCCAGAGAACAUAGUCUAUGUCACUUCAGGUGUAAAACAUCCUUACUUUGUUUUAAUAGGUUGGGGUCAUGCUGUGCUUGAGGAUAGAGAUAGACCUGCAAUGAAUCGAUCUUCACUUCUCUUCUACCUACGCACUCCAGGAAGGGAAGCUUUGUGCUGCCUCAGAUGCAGAGAGCUUGAUUUACAUGCUUUACUUCUGUUUUGGGGACUUGCCUGA